AUGCGUACAGCUUUCACCAGCACCCAGCUCCUAGAACUGGAGAGAGAAUUCGCCUCUAAUAUGUACCUGUCCCGGCUCAGGCGUAUAGAGAUAGCCACCUACCUCAACCUGUCCGAGAAACAGGUGAAGAUCUGGUUCCAGAACAGAAGGGUCAAGCACAAGAAGGAAGGCAAAUGUUCUUCUUUUCCAUCCGCAAAGUGCCUGGAGGAUGAGGAGGAUGAUGACUCUCUCAUGUCUCCUUCUUCUUCAGAAAAGGAGGACAGAGACCUUUCCCCGAGCCCAUGA